CGUGCCUAACAAUCCGUUGCUCCUUUCUCCAUCGAUAGUAUCCGCCAAGUAUCUUCUUCUUCCCUCUCAUUCUAUAUCUGCCUCACCGCUUCUGUCCGUGCUCGCCACCGCCGCGCGCGCGCCGUGCACCGCGCAGCAGCCACAGCGAGCGCUUCCAUCCCGCGAGAGGUGCAAGAUAAGGCCGACUGCCAUGGCGCCGAGCGGCGCCGUGCAGGCGAUGCCGUCGCCGGCGGUCGUGGCGGCGGCGGAGCAGAGGCGGCUGACGCGGCUGCUGCUGAACGUGACGGUGGAGCAGAGCCUGUGGCCGGUCCACGUCGUGCUCGGCGCGGACUGCACCGUGGCGGACCUCGUCCGCGCCGCCGUCGACGCGUACGCGCGCGAGGGCAGACGGCCGCCGCUCCCCGGCCACGCCGGCGACGCGGCGGCCGCGUUUGAGCUGCAUUUCUCCAAGUACUCUCUCGAAAGUCUAAGGUCGGAGGAGAAGCUGGCGGAUCUGGGAUCUCGAAAUUUCUUCCUUUGCUCGAGGAGACCUGCUGCUUGAAAUUUUGAUUCUUUUUGUCAAACACAAUCUGCUGCUUUGCUUAGUUCAUUAAUCGAGCAGAGCAGAGCAGAUUAAUCGCCAGUCGUAAGUCGUGAGCUGCAUCAUGCUUUGACAGAUCGCAGAUCGCGUGCGGGAAACAGUUUUUAGCACACGUAUAUCCGUGUGUUUGCAUGUAAUCUAAAUAAUCAUAAAAAUUAUGAAAAAAUUUGAUAAGAUAGAUUAAUAUGAGUUAUAUCACUCCACAAACAUGCAAGUAAAACUGAAACUAGGUAUACGCAUACUCAUAAUUGUUUUUUUAUUAUUGCUAAUUUAUAGAAGUUGAAUUUAAACUUGCAUGCAUGUUAGUGGAGUGAAAUAACUUAUAUUAAACUAUCUUCUUAAAUUAUUUUAUAUUUUUUGAUAACUAUUUAGAUGAUACGCAAGUAAUGAAUGUACUUAUAACGUGUGCUUAAAAAACUACCUCCAUCGGGUGCGCCGUAGAGUUCUGGACAGAUUGAAACUUUGUACUGCUGUUUUCUUAUCCCACUCUCUCCUUUUUUUGGUGAUGCUAUAGCUGUUGUGAGUACAGGAAUAAGAUGCGUUUAUAAGCAACACGCAGUGUCUCUCUGUUGAUUGAUUGAUUGCCCAGAACGAUCCAGGCAGUGAAAAGUUUGCUUCAUACGUACGGAGUAUAGCAUUUGUGCACGGGUCGCAUGCACCGUACGUCCUUCCUCGCCACAAUUGCAGCGUGC